UGUUUGUCCCAUGACACUGCAUAUAGCUGAAGACUGAUGGUAGUGAAGUCAGGAGUCAAAAAAGCAGAGGAGAGUAGGAGCACGCUCACCUACAGCAUAAAGGUGCUUCAGCCGAGUUAGUGCUUGAAGAACAACUUCUUUUUUUUUUUUUCUUCUUUCUUUUGCAAUCAUUGCUCGCUUGACAGGCCCAGACGGAAUUACAUCACUUCCUAAAAACCAUCAAAGAGAGUCCAUCUCCUGAAGAAAUGCAGCUCAGAUGCACCCCGGCAGGAAACAGGAAAUGUAAAUGUUCGGGUGAAGCAGGGAGCCAGCUGAAGCGCCCCUCGGGUGGGAGCACCGCCAAGGUAACAUGCAAAAGCAAAAUCUCAUCGCCCUGCUUUCUGCCCUGUCGCUGGCUGGAGGAUCUGCCGGGAUCGGCCUUGAAAAUGGUUCAGGAGAUGGAUUAUUACCCACCGUUACAGUAACGCCUCCUCUGGCUAUGCAUUCUUCCACUGCGGAUGACCCUGAGCCAGCACUUGUCACUGCAAGCGCUACUGAAAGCAGCUUUGAAACAAAAAGUACUCCAAGUACUGAAUUGAAUGCCAUGGACAAUCAGGACAGCCUAGAAGGAGCAGAACAGUCUAUCUUGAUGUACGUUGUCCCCGUCGUGGUGCUGGUCCUGCUGAUUCUACUGAUCAUAGUUUUUGUAAUGCAUCAUAAAAGGAAAAAGUCUAAGCAAGAUGAGCUGGGAAGUGAAAAUGUGAAAAGUCCUAUUUUUGAAGAAGACACGCCCUCUGUUAUGGAGAUAGAAAUGGAAGAGCUUGAUAAAUGGAUGAACAGCAUGAACAAAAAUGCUGACUGUGAAUGUUUGCCUACUGUAAGAGAAGAAGAAAAAGAAUCAAUUGCCAACCCAAGGAAACAUCUCAAGGCCUCACUGAGCACAGCUGGCUGAGUGUUGUUUUCCUGCUUCAUAAAGAUGCUGAGGGGAGUUCAUCAAGACCCAAAUGUUUUGAACUAUGAAUUGAUUUUUAUAUUAUUUUGAAAACAUCUGAGGCUAAACAUUUCAGUAAUGCCAUUUUGACCUUUUCAGAAUGAAAGUUGUUCCAUAACUACUUUUCAGAGUAAGUGACUUUUUAAUACAAAAAUUUAAAAAGAUUUAAAGAGCAGAACCCUGUGGUGGUGAAAUAUUUCCAAGUUAAGUGUUUCCCUUAACUCAAAAUUACUUUUUCAAAUUUCAUUUUAAAUGAAACUUUGAAAUGCAUUUCAUUUCAAAGUGAAAAGGUAUCUGAAGUGGUGGGAUUUCCUGGUAAACAAAAAAAUUGGUUGCCAUUUAUUUCUGCAAUUGAACCUUAUCAGACCAAGAUCUGCUGCUUUUCCUGACCGAACUCUUAGCUCAAUAAAUAAUGUCAGAAAGAACUAUGUACAGAUAAAUAGAUGUUUUCUGCAGCUUUUUUGAACAAGAAAAGUGAAAGACUAUGAAGUAAAACAAAACAAAGCUAUUAUUACGGCAAAAAUUUGUACUCACGAGCAUUAAGGCUGCAGAUUUGUGCACAAGAGGCAAGACAUAACAGCCUGGGCUCCUUUGUAGGUGGAGGUCAUCUGCCUUGCGCAUAAGCUAAGUUAAAAAUAUAUUUGUGUAUGUACUUUAUAUAUAUAUAUAUUUAAAAGAAUAUAUCUUGCCGUUGAAACCUAGUGCUAAAAUCCUGACUGUGCCUGAGCAGAGAACCAUGAAAUCUCCCCAGCCUCACUGGGGCCGGGGUUCCCGUCCCAUGCAUGCAGGAGGGAGCGGGCAGGCAGGCGCAGGGGUGGCAGGCGAGGGCUGAUGCUCCUGUGGUGCACAAGUGGGUGCAAGACCAACCUCUUUUCCAGAGACCUUUAUUCCGCCAGCAAAACAGAAGCGCAGCCUGUCCCCUUCACAGCACGGGUCUUUGUAGGCUGCUAUGUAUGACGAAGCAACGCCCCCCUGCUUUACCACACCUCUCAAGGGGAUUUGGUUUUCCUUGGGCACUGCUGGGCACCCUCCUAGUCUUUCUGUCUGAAAAAGGGUAACUCUUUCUUGGGGAGAGGUGUUGUGGUGGGGAAUAAGUCGGUACAGAAAGAAAGACUCCUUCCCCAGGCUGUGUAUCAGUUUGCUAAGGAACUUAAAAAAACCAUGCAAAAGAUUAAGAUUGGACCUUUUGAUGUUAGAGGUGGUUUAAACCCCUGCUGUUAAUGCUGACUCAAAUCUAACCAGCCGAUAAAAAAUGUCUCAUUUUUAAUAUUGGCACGAACCAAACAUUAUUGCUAGGGAGCAAGCUAGCUAGGCAGAAUCCAGCAGGACAAAAAAAAUUCACUUGUUACAAGGCCAGAUUUAAUAGAAGAAUUCCAUCUGUAAAAAACUAUCCUCACCUGUGGAAAGAGGGCGAUUUGAUUGCUUAGUCCUUGCCUGGGAGCAGGAGAAAGGGUGCGCUGGGCAGCCACUAAUCAGCAGAGAAAUCACACGAGCCCUUGCUGAUGCCAUCUAGCCCCACAGAGGGGGUCAUUUCAUGCGUUGCAUGGCUGACACAUUUGUUUUCUGAUAACACUUUCUCAUGGACUCCAGAGAUACUCUGCGUAUUAUUUCCUACCGAGACAACUAACCCAACAGCAUGACACUGGUGUGUUUUUUUUUUCUUUUCCAUGU